AAUGAACGAAUAAAUUGCAUAAUCGUAAUUAUACAAACAUAGUCAAUAGUCAACACACAAAUUUUGUGGGCUUCGGUUUCAUUAUGUUUCGUCUCUAUACGUACUGUCAAACUAGAAAGAACAAUAUUCAUCACUUAAAAUCAUUGCCAUCAACUUAUCCUAUACAAAAACUGGUCAAGUGGCUUACAAGAUUUCUAUCUGAUUACAAAAAGAAUGACAUUGAAUGGAUCCGUAAUAUUGGAAUCUCGGCUCAUAUUGAUUCUGGGAAAACUACGCUUACUGAAAGAGUUCUAUAUUAUACUGGCAGAAUAAAGACGAUGCAUGAAGUCAAGGGAAAAGAUAAUGUAGGAGCAACAAUGGAUUCAAUGGACUUGGAACGUCAAAGAGGGAUUACAAUUCAGUCUGCAGCCACUUUUGCUGAAUGGAAAGAUCACAAUGUAAAUAUCAUUGAUACACCAGGUCAUGUAGAUUUCACUGUUGAGGUUGAAAGAGCCUUGCGUGUUCUUGAUGGAGCUAUCUUAGUAUUAUGUGGAGUUGGAGGUGUACAGAGCCAAACUUUAACUGUCAACCGUCAAAUGAAAAGAUACAGUGUUCCAUGCAUUGCGUUUAUAAAUAAAUUGGACAGAAUGGGUGCGAAUCAUAACAAAGUGAUUAGUCAAAUGAGGGCCAAAUUGAAUCACAACGCGGCGUUUUUACAGCUCCCAAUUGGUCUAGAGCGAGAUCAUAAUGGAAUUAUAGAUAUCAUAAGAAGAAAGGCGUUAUACUUUGAUGGUGACUUUGGGAGUGAUAUACGUGAGGAUGUAAUACCUAAUGAUAUGGUCGAUGAAGUUGAAGCAAGACGAGAUGAAUUGAUAGAGGCGGUUGCUAAUGUCGACGACUGUUUGGGUGAAUUAUUUCUUGAGGAAAUUCCACCAACUGACGAGCAGCUAAAGGCUGCCAUUCGUCGCGCAACCGUCAAAAGAUCAUUUACUCCGGUUUUUGUUGGAUCCGCACUUAAGAAUAAAGGUGUUCAACCUUUACUUGACGCUGUUUUGGAUUAUUUGCCAAGCCCUUUGGAUGUUGAGAACUUCGCAUUGAAAUCAGAUGAUGAGAACAAAGUGUUGAUGGAUUCUUCAGGUAAUGAAUCCAGUCCAUUCGUUGGGUUGGCUUUCAAACUUGAGGCUGGCAAAUACGGUCAGUUAACAUACGUUCGAGUUUAUCAAGGCCUUCUAAAGAAGGGAACUUUCAUAUUUAACACAAGAACAGAAAAACGUGUUCGAGUGCCAAGGAUUGUCAAAAUGCACAGUGAUGUGAUGGAGGAUGUUACUGAAGUACGCGCAGGUGAUAUAUGUGCUUUGUUCGGAGUUGAUUGUGCCUCAGGGGAUACAUUUACUGUUGAAGGAGCUCCUAAAUUAUCUAUGGAACCAAUUUUUGUACCUGAUCCUGUAAUAUCCCUUGCUGUUGAAGCCAAGAACAAGAAUGAUUUGGAUUCAUUUUCCAAAGCUGUAAACCGAUUUACAAAAGAAGAUCCGACAUUUAGAGUUCAUUUUGACGAUGAAAGCAAAGAGACUAUCAUAUCUGGAAUGGGGGAGCUGCAUUUGGAAAUAUACACAGAGCGAAUGAAAACAGAAUAUAACUGUCCUGUGAUAUCUGGUAAACCUAAAGUUGCUUUCCGUGAAACAAUUGACAGUUCUAUUGAGUUUGAUUACAUACAUAAGAAACAAAGUGGAGGUUCUGGUCAGUAUGGUCGUGUGAUUGGACAACUCCUGCCUUUACCAGUGGAAGAAUAUACAAAAGUCGAAUUCAACGAUGGAACGAUAGGAAUGAAUAUUCCAAAAAAUUUUAUUCCGUCCAUUGAAAAGGGUUUCUAUGAAGCAUGUGAUAGGGGAUAUUAUUCCGGCCACAAGAUUUCGGGCGUUAAGUUUCUCCUUCUUGAUGGUGCAGCUCAUGCCGUUGAUUCGAGUGAUAUUGCAUUUCGUAUGGCUGCCAUUGGUGCAAUGAGACAAGCUAUGUCAUCAUCUUCUCCUGUAAUUUUGGAGCCAGUGAUGAGUGUUGAAGUUAAUGCUCCAGUAGAGUUUCAGGGUUCGGUUAUAGCGGGUCUCAAUCGUCGAAACUGCGUUAUUACUGGAACCGACGGCAGUGAAGGAUACUUUACUUUAUACGCUGAGGUACCAUUAAAUGAUAUGUUUGGUUACGCGUCUGAGUUAAGGUCCCUAACGCAGGGCAAAGGAGAGUUUACGAUGGAAUACUGCAAAUAUCUACCAGCAUCGCGCCAAGUCCAGGCAGAGUUAAUUGAUAAAUAUAACAAAGAUAGGCUGCUAAAGGCAAAAGCAAGAUGACCCGAGAAGAUUACAUCCAUUUGGGAUUUGUUUGGAUCCACUGAUUGCGUAACCCUUAUAAACGGAGCCGAAUCCUCCAGAACCAAGGCAAGCAUCCUUAUCGUAGUAGUACUCGUACACUAAAAUCAAGUGUUAGAGUUACUUUUCUUCCUGGUGAAGAUGGCAACGAUGAAUAGCUGUAUCAUAUUGUUGUAUAAAUAGUGUUUUUACUUAGGGAAAUAAAAGUGUGUUUUUUUUCGAGAUUUUGCAAUGUAGAAGGUAUGAAAUAAAGCAUUUCCAAAAAAGGACAUUUGUUGACUCAAACUUAAGUUAUAAACAAGAUAAUUAACUGUAAUAUUUUGGUAAUAUUGCAAUAUAUAUUAUGAUUUAAUAAAUAAAUUAACACAUUUAAUGUAGAACUGCACUUAUUAAGUACAAAGUAGAAUACUUUGUAUAUAUUUAUA